CAAAGUUUAACCAAUCGACGGUGAGGCGCGGACGCCGUUCACAACUAGUCGAGUUGGUGAUAGUUGGACUGCUUGGACUUUAUGUUUUAAAUCUUUACUAAGUCGAUAUCAACAAUGGCAGAGUGGAACGCCUACUUCCGGAAUGAGGCUGACGGUGAAGGACAGGAGGAGGGAGAGCAACAAGAUGGAGAUUACAAGGUCUCAGGUAGAGACUGCUUAGUUUUCUUGGUGGAUGCGUCAAAGGAAAUGUUCAUCAAGGGAGAAAAUGGGGAGCCAACUAAUUUUGACAUGACCAUGCAAGUGGUGCGGACCGUGUACACCCGUAAGAUCAUAAGCACUCCUGGAGAUCUUGUUGCAUUGGUUUUCUACGGCACCAAGCAGAACCAAGAUCCAACCAACUCGUUCAAGCACGUCUACGUCUACCACAACCUCAGUGAACUCAGUGCAAAACGAGUGCAACAGGUAGACGAACUACGAGGGGAUAAGGGUGCCCUGCUGGCAGCGGAGAAAAUGGGCAGUGAUCAAACAUCUUUGUCCGACGCCCUGUGGUGUUGUGCCAAUCUGUACCGGGACUGCAAUCUACGACUGGGGAACAAACGCCUCUUCAUCUUCACUUGCAAGGAUCAACCACACGGGGGUGACAGUGCCAAAGAUCGGCAGGCUCGCACAAAAGCCAGUGACCUCAGAGAAACCGGCGUUGUCAUAGAACUCAUGCACUUGAUGAAAGCAGGCGGCUUUGACGUCUCCCUCUUUUUCCGUGACGUUGUAAGUCCGCCGGAGGACGAGAGUGAGCUGGGCCUGCAGCACGAGCCUUGUGAAAAACUGGAAGACCUCCAGAGGAGAGUGUUGGCCAAAGAGCAAAAAAAGAGAACACUAGCCAGGCUCAAUCUGUGUCUGGGUGAAGGUAUAAAUAUCGCCGUGGGAAUGUACGCCAUGGCAGUGACUACUCGGAAACCGAACGCCAUCAGGCUAUACAGGGAAACCAAUGAGCCUGUCCGCAGCAAAACACGCACCUUCAAUAAUCAAACAGGAAGCCUGCUGCUGCCCAGUGACAUAAAGAAAGCCCAGGUUUAUGGUGGUAAGCAGAUCGUGAUGGAGAAAGACGAGGUAGACGCCAUCAAGAAGUUUCAUGACCCCGGUUUGUUUUUGAUGGGAUUCAAAAUCAUGGAAAAGCUCAAACUGCACCACCACAUUCGUCCCGCUGUCUUCCUCUAUCCCGAGGAGGGCGAAGUGAAAGGUAAUGCCCGAUGUGAACAUGGAUGCAAACAUCAAGUUCUUUACAUAAUAUGCUUUUCCUCAACAGGAAGCUCCUGCCUCUUCUCGGCACUGUUGACCAAGUGCAUCGAGAAGAACGUCUUUGCUUUGUGCCGCUGCGUUUCCCGCAGAAAUUACCCGCCUCGAUUUGUCGCCUUGGUGCCUCAACAAGAGCAGACGGACGAGAAGAAUGUACAGAUCACGCCACCAGGUUUUAAUGUUAUUUACUUGCCGUAUGCCGACGAUUUACGGAAUCUGGAUCCCCCGCGGACGCCGUCUGCGUCACCGGCACAGGUGGACAAGAUGAAGGAGAUUGUUCGUAAAAUGCGCUUUAAGUACAGGAGUGAGGCUUUUGAGAAUCCCGUCAUCCAGCAACACUACCGGAACUUGGAGGCCUUGGCUCUGGAUAUGACGGCUCCAGAGGACAUCGAAGACCUCAUCAUGCCGAAGGUGGAGCAGAUUGACGGGCGUCUGGGUUCCCUGGUCCAGGAGUUUAAAGAUUUGGUCUACCCUGCAGACUACAACCCGGAGUACAAACCAGCCGGCAAACGCAAAGCAGCAGAAGCUGGCGGUACAGCUGAGAAGAAAGCCAAAGUGGAGGUAUCAGAAGAUGAAGUGAGAGCCCACAUACAGAAAGGAACUUUGGGAAAGAUGACUGUGCCAAUGCUCAAGGAGGCCUGCAAGCAGUUUGGCAUCCGGACCACUGGAACCAAGAAGCAGGAACUGAUGGAUGCUCUGAUUGACAAACUCGCCACAUGAGGCUCGAGUGGUAACAAAACUAUUGCAGCUGCCAUUUUACUUUGGAGGUAUUCGACCGAUCAUUUCAGAUGACUGAAAUUAGUUUGCAGCGUCGCUAAAAGAAGAUGAAGAAAAAAAUCGAUAUAUUGGCAUUUGUUCUGAAUUACUUCACAUCAUGUGCGAAAAUAAAACUUUGAGCUCUUC